AGCCAGCUCUUAACUAUGGCGCCACUCGGCCGGCCCCUGGAGUAUUAUUUUUGAUUUGUUAUCGUCAAGAAUAGUGUACGAAGUAGUGCAUUUUGCAAGUGAGAUACACUUAGGUCUUUGUAUGGUGGAAUCAAAAUAAUAAAGUGGCAAAAGAUGGGAGAAUUGCUGCUUUUUUGUUUCACCAUCAUUUACUGUGACUUUGGGCUGAAGGUAAAUGGUAAGGGAAGCGUGUUUGAUUAGUGAUUUCAGUCAAGUAGUCAUCUGCCAUAUGUUCAGUGUGUUUGGUGCAGAACAGCCAUGAAAAUUGAACUUUACUGCAGAAGCCAGUUAAUGCCUGAUGUCAAGGAAACAGCUUGGGAUUAGGAGCAGGAUGAGAGAAAAAAGUAAUCACGGCUGCUGGAUGGUAACAGGAUUCUUUUUCCUCUGCACAAAGCUGCUGUCAGUGCCCUAUAAAUGCUGCAGGUGACAGAAACUGUUCUUCCAGGAGAUGCUGCACAUCCAGGCACUGCCUCUGGGGGGCUCACUUGCCUUCUGUGCUGUAAUAUGAGAGGAUCACACCUGGGCUGGGCCUUUGAGGCACCUGGGGUGAUUUUAAAAAUACAGAUUUCCAGUAUUCAUCACAGGGCUACUGAAUCAGAAUUCUUAUGGAAACAGCUGUACAGGUGAUCCUAAACUAGGCGGCUGGUCAUUGGUCCCAAGGUGGUCAUCGAGGAUUGAUAUAUUGCUCAAGGAUCAGAGGUCAACUAAGAAGAGGCUCCAAUUUCAAUCUUUUAUGUAGUAGCUAGAGAUGCUGGAAAGGAAUUGGAAUUCUCUUGACAUCCGUUCCCUUAUUUAUAAGUGGGGCAAAUGAACCUACUGAAGGUGCUGCUUUGAGGUAUCAUUGUGGGUUUUUUUUUUGUUUUUUGGUUUUUUUUAAAGAUUUUUAUUGGGGAAUUGGGGGAUGGGGCCCUGAGGUAUCAUUGUAAUCUGUGUUCUCAUUACCCAGCUCAUUGCCUGGCUCCUAUGUGGCAGCUGUUAACAAUCACCCUCAUAUUCGUGAAUUAAAUUCAGAAAGAUUUUAGGCUGUGUGUUGUAGAAUAAACACAAAAACAGGAUGAUAACAUCAUACUGAAUCAGGCACAAUGUAUUAUCAAAUAGUGACUUCUUUUGCUAAUAUCUGUAUCUCCUUUCCCAGCUCUCAAAAGUCUAUGGCCCUGUGUUCACCGUGUAUUUUGGCAUGAAGCCCACUGUGGUGCUGCAUGGAUAUGAAGCAGUGAAGGAAGCCCUGAUCGAUCUGGCAGAGGACUUUUCUGGAAGAGGCAGCUUACCACUGUCUGAAAAAGUUAAUAAGGGCUAUGGGAUCCUUUUCAGCAAUGGAAAGACAUGGAAAGAGAUGAGGCGCUUCUCUCUCAUGACCCUACGGAAUUUCGGGAUGGGGAAGAGGAGCAUUGAGGACCGCGUUCAGGAGGAAGCCCGCUGUCUUGUGGAGGAGUUGAGAAAAACCAAUGCUUCACCUUGUGAUCCCACUUUUAUCCUUGGCUGCGCUCCCUGCAAUGUGAUCUGCUCCAUUAUUUUCCAGAAUCGUUUUAAUUAUACAGAUCAGGAUUUUCUUAACUUGCUGGAGAAAUUCAACGAAAACCUCAGGCUUUUCAGCUCCCCGUGGAUCCAGGUCUGCAAUAAUUUUCCUGCUGUCAUUGAUUAUCUCCCAGGGAGUCAUAACACAAUAGUUAAAAAUUUUGCUGAUAUAAAAACUUAUGUUUUGGAGAAAGUAAAGGAACACCAAGCAUCCCUGGACAUUAACAACCCUCGGGACUUCAUUGAUUGUUUCUUGAUCAAAAUGGAGCAGGAAAAGCACAACCCACAGUUGGAGUUUACGUUUGAAAACUUGAUAACCACUGUAACUGAUUUGUUUGGAGCUGGGACAGAGACAACGAGCACCACCCUGAGAUAUGCUCUCCUGCUCCUGCUGAAGCACCCAGAGGUCACAGCUAAAGUCCAGGAAGAGAUUGACCGUGUGAUUGGCAGACACCGGAGCCCCUGCAUGCAGGACAGGAGCCACAUGCCCUACACGGAUGCCGUGGUGCAUGAGGCCCAGAGAUACAUAGACCUUAUCCCCAGUGACUUACCCCAUUCAGUGACCCGUGAUAUUAAAUUCAGAAAUUACCUCAUCCCCAAGGGCACGACUGUAAUACCAUUGCUGACUUCUCUUCUGAAUGAUGACAAGGAAUUCCCCAAGCCAGAGGUAUUUGACCCUGGCCACUUCCUGGAUGAGAGUGGCAACUUUAAGAAGAGUGACUACUUCAUGCCUUUCUCAGCAGGAAAACGAAUGUGUGUUGGAGAGGGCCUGGCCCGCAUGGAGUUGUUUUUAUUCCUGACGACCAUUUUACAGAAUUUUACCCUGAAAUCUCUGGUUGACCCAAAGGACAUAGACACCACCCCAGUUUGCAGUGGGUUUGGCCAAGUGCCGCCCUCAUACCAGCUCUGCUUUAUUCCUGUGUGAGGAAGGGCGGCCCAUCUUCUAGCUGCUGCUGGGUCGCCUGUAACCCACCCCUCCUCUAGGGCAUCAUUCACCUCCUUCUCACUAGUCAGGAUGCUUUCUCUGACCUCUCAUCUCAUAUCUCCCCAUUCUCUCAAUACCCAGAGAAUAUCCAACCUCCAUUAAAGGACAGUUUCCUGAGUUUCACAAAUAAAAUGGCUACUCUUUA